AUGCCUCCGGCCGCAGUCACACUGAUCCUCACGUGUCUCUGCUCAGUAUGGUAUCACAGCUUUGUCCUCUUCGCCUCUGCCGAAUGGGUCAAUAUUACCAUCGACGACACCUUCGGAGACAACGUUAACGGCCAGCAGUUCGUCUAUUCACCAGACGAUAAGUGGACGACUGGACAGAACUGCACCGGUUGCCUUGCCCACCCCAAUGCGAGUGAAGCCUUCGAUCACUCAUGGCAUGACUCGUCGUUCUUCCCCGAAAUUGAAAGCAGCGCGCCCAGUGCUUCUGUGUCGUUCAAUGGCACGGCAGUUUACGUCUAUUGCAUCAUCUUUCAUUCAGAUUUCUCGCCAGAUGGGUACACAAAUUUGAAUUUUGCGAUAGACGGUGAGAUGGUGGGCGAGCCGUUUAUCUCGAUACCCUCGAACUCGACCAGUAUCGAUUACAAUCGCCUGGUGUACGCCAACAACUCGCUUUCAUGGAGCCCGCACACGUUGACUAUCACAAAUGGCGCGAAUGGUUCACAAACAUCUCUAGCGCUCCUGGAUUAUAUCCAAUAUACGUGA